AUGGUUAUUGAUUCCGGUCGUGAAGAUGUGGCGUAUCCGGUCCAGGUGUCUCAGCCGGACAAGCCCAAGGGACACCAAUUGCCAGUCACUCUGCUCUCUGGCUUUCUGGGGAGUGGCAAAACCACGCUCUUGAAGCAUAUUCUCAAAUCACCCGAUCAUGGCAUGCGCAUUGCAGUCAUUGUCAAUGACAUGAGCGUGCUGAAUAUUGACGCCGCCCUCAUCAAGAAUCACAAGGUCUCUCAGACCCACGAAAAGCUCAUUCAGUUGCAGAACGGUUGCAUCUGCUGCACCCUCCGUGGUGAUCUGCUGUCCGAAUUAGCACAAUUGACGAAGCAAAACGAGAUUCAAUAUGUGAUUAUCGAGAGCACAGGCAUCAGUGAGCCCAUGCAAGUGGCCGAAACAUUCACAGCCGAGUUCAGCUCAGCCAUGCUGGAAGCCGAAGAUCAGAUUACGGGAAACAAUGAUGAGGAUGCGAAGAAGAUUCUGAAGGAGAUUGUUGAAUUGGGAGGACUGCAUACUAUGGCCCGUCUGGACACAACGGUGACCGUCAUUGAUGCCUUCAACCUCCUGUCAAACUUCGAUACCGUGGAGUUCCUAUCUGAUCGAUAUGGAAAGGAUGAGAUUGUGCCUGAAGAUGAGCGAACCAUUUCCGAUCUGAUGGUGGACCAGAUCGAGUUCGCUGAUGUCCUGAUUGUCAACAAGAUUGAAAUCAUCGACCAAGCGACACAGGAUAAGAUCAUGCAGCUAUUGAAGCUGUUGAAUCCCGAUGCAAAGGUCCUUAUGACAAGUUACUCCCAGGUGGAUGUGCGGGAGAUCAUUGCGACCGGCAAAUUUGACUUUGUGCGCGCUGCCUCUGGUGCUGGCUGGCUGCGCAGCUUGCAUGAGAUGACUGUACAGACGACAGGCAACGGACAGCGCAUGGCUCCCAAGCCGGAGACCCUCGAAUACGGAAUCAACAAUUUUGUUUACUCCGCCCGACGGCCCUUCCACCCCCGUCGUCUCUUUGCACUCCUCCACGACAAGUUCAUUCUCCUCCAAAACAAUGAAGUUGACGAUGAAGAUGAUGAUGAAGAUGAUGAUGACGAUGAAAAUGAAGAUGAAGAAGACGGAGAGUUCGUAGAUGAGAUGGACACCGAUACCGAGUCAGUGGAAGACUUUGAUCAACCGGACCCAAAGGACAUCCUCAACAACAAGCGAAUGCACCCCGCAUUUGGCCCCGUUCUCCGCUCCAAAGGUUUCUUCUGGCUGUCCACUCGGCCCUACCAAUUUGGUGAGUGGAGUCAAGCGGGCGGCAUGUUAACCGUGGGCUGCGGAGGCCCCUGGUUUGCGGAAAUGCCCGAUGAUGCGUGGCCCGAGGACAAGGAUGUCGUCGAAUCGAUUCUGAACGACUUCCAGGGCCCCUGGGGGGAUCGGCGUCAGGAAUUGGUGUUCAUUGGGGAGGGGAUCGACCAGGAAAAGAUCACCACGAUUCUAGAUGACUGUCUAUUGGAUGACAAGGAUAUGAAACUGUGGGAGAAGGUGAUGAAAAACAAGAAGCUCAAUCCGGAGGCCAAAGCUAAGAAGCUGGCCAGUCUGUGGGAAGAUGGUUGGGAGGAUUGGCCGGCUUUGGAGAUCGAGGAGGAACAAGUUGGUAAACACAAGAUGAGCGAUUACCGUACUAGCCAUGACCACAAGGGUCAUCAACAUAGCCGAUAG